CACGAAAAUAACGAUAAACGGUGGAAGAAACGGGAUUAUGAUAACGCGGCCAUUCUGAUCAUGUGCGAUGCCCGGCUGGCACGGGGACACCGUUACGACGCUGGGCUGAACGAUUACUGGGCUGUGCGUGUAUUUUCUUCACGGGCCGCGCCGGCCCCUGCUAGUAGUAUAUAUAUAUAUUAAAAAAAAAGUUUGCCAAACUCGGGCGGAUUCGUUGCUGUUUUGGAUCUCUGCCCUAUCCUGCCGCCGGCGCCCUCCACCAUGACGUAUCCUGCCGCCGGCGCCGGCCUCCCUCCCCAUCACGACUCUACCUCCGACAGCGACGACUCCUCCUCCUCCGCCGCCGCGUGCCCCUCGCGCAGGGGCGACUCCUCCUCUGCCUGGGACCGGCCGCCUCGAGCUCUCCUGCCCGCAGAUUCCCUCGCGCCCCGCAACCCUCCCCUUCAUGAUGGACACUGGUGGACCGCUGCCGGGGGAGACUCCUCCGCCUGGGACAAGGGCGAGUGGCGGCCGCUCUCACCGGUGCCCGCAGACCCGAUCGCCUCGGAGUACUUCGACAAGCUGGCUGGCUAUUUCGUCGAGGCGGCCAGCCGCCUCCCGCUUGCUGAGAUCCCGUACCUUACCCGCUGCCUCACACACAGCGGUCUCGCCAUUGGCUUCGCCGACCCCGUCACCAAUAUCAUCAUCACCACUGUCGACACUUUUGCCCACACCGAGCCCUACUUGAUGUAUCCGGUGGACCCAAUUGAGCCAACUAAGAGAAAGAUUACAUUCACAGAAGGCGCUCGCAGCUCUUGGGAAGCACUCAACAUGUUCAUGCUCCGCUACUUUCGGAAUCUCACACCGCCUCAGUCCGAGCUCUUGCUAUACAUGGCCGGAUAUGACCUCCGCGCUGCAGUUGAAGAAGUGCAUCACUAUAUUGGUGGCCCGGAUCAUCCAGAUCUUCUCGUACAUGAUUCAGCUAGGACCAAGGCAGCAUUUGUGGAGGCAGCUUACCCACCGUGUUCUGCACCUGAUCUGUUACGUCUGAUGACAUCGACUUACAGCUGUUGCUUGGUCCAGCCCGUCCUAGAGGUUCUGAGCCAAGGGGGGAAGCUCACAUCUGCUUGUGUCCACAAGAUCUGCAAGAUGUUGUGCCAUCCAUGGUCGCCGCCGCCGCCGCCGUCACGCCCUCCUCCUGUUGGUACUUUUCGGGACAGCAGUGGUGGCAUCACCAUGACCGUGUGCUUCGGACCUGAUUUCUUCGUCACAACUUGCAUCUCGAUGGACGGUACCACCUCUUCCUCAAUCACACAGCCUUGUCAGACCUAUGCUGGUUCCUCGGAUGACACGACCAACAUGCUACGCAUGUUCCCUCUAAACCAAAGGAGACUGGUCAGCCAUAGUAACUUACCGUUGACCUUGGAGAAUCCAGAAUUCCUGCCGUUCCUCAAGUUCCAGCUCCUUGAUAUGGUACAUGCUGUGUACCUGAUGGCGAUCGCCAUGCUACCGGUCCGUGCACUACGUGAGGGCCACCUCCUCCGCUCACUACUAGCAGCCGGUCACUGUUAUGGACCGUUGGACCCUGUGGCCAACAUUGUUAUCAACACAGCUUGGUAUGAUGUUCUCUACCCACUCUCCUGGGAUGUUGCUUCGAAGAUUAGAGCUGCGGAUAUACUCGAUGCGCGAUCCAAGCAUCGAGUUGAGUCCCGGUCGAUGGCCUCGUUGCCUAUCUUUGCAGAUCCCCCACAACAGAUGAGCAAGAUGCUGUCACACUCUUGUGCAAAAGUCGAUUGGACACCCCGAUCUCGGAGUUAUCGAAUAUGUGUGAUGUGGCACUGGCCGCGAAACACCCUGAGCCUGCUGUCUUCGGGGCAUUCCUAGAGUGCGUGCCCACUUGACGGUUCUACAACUUGUACUGCCAAUUUAGGGUCAGUGGAAAUCCAGAUGCCGCUUUCGAUGGACUAAAGGAUGCUCUAUUGAAGGAAACAACAGAUAAUGCAGAAGUGCGAAGAAGAGCUAUGGAUAGAUCAGCUGCCUUGGAGCGGCUAAACAGCAUGCCAAGGCAAAAAAUAGAUUUGGCGACACUAUCCGCAGAGAGGUCUUUAUUCGAGUCUCAGCAAGCUAAUGUCCGUAGAGUGUUGGAAGAGUUGCUUAUUGGCCAUGGCUACAGUGAGCCCCUGGUACCACCAUACAAGCUUGGCGUUAUAUGUGGAGUGACCCGACAAAGAAACUACAGUUGUACGGAUGUCUAUCAUGCCAACUUUUUGGCUAGCUCAGAUGAUGGAUUAUCGUGGAAGCUGUUCUUUGCUGAAUUCUGGAACCAAUACGGUGAGAGAGUUGAAGAGUCAAAAUAUCCUUUUUGUUGCCCUAUACCGGAUUACCAUCAAUAUCCUGGUCGUUGUGUUGUUUGCGAGAAUGAUUCCAGCAUUAUUGUGCAUCCACAAUCUCGCAAAUACUACAUGGGUAAUUCUGCACUUGCUUUCCCGGUACCAGGCCACUUCGGAUCUGGUACAAGUGAUAACUUGGAUGUGGAUGUACUUUAUUCAAGUCUGGUGGAGUAGGACUGACUUGUGGCAACAACAAGAGGGGAGGACAAAGUGAGUCUGUUCUUCGUGUGCUGCAACCUCUCAUGCUGCAACCGCUGAGUGAAUGAACAAUCCGCGUCUCCUGCAGAGGCUACGGACCCAUGCCCUUAAGGCCCUAAUUUAGUUUCGGAUAGCCAUCUUGUUAGAUCACAAGAACUGUACUUGUUAAACAUAUCAGUUCUAGCCUAUCCACUAUGAAUUCCUCUAUUUGUUCCAUGUCUCCAACAAAGUGAAUUAUGAGAUGCGAGGCCAUGAGUUAGCUUUACCUUAUUAUUCAAUGCGAUUUCAUCUUA